AAAUCCAGUGAAAAAUUAUGUUUCACACGGAAGAGACAGAAAACGAAACUGGGUGGGUACCAUGCAAACACGUUCCAUAAAUUUCACUCAUGCUUUUCUAAUUGAGUAAUUAAUUCCAUCAUUGCCGCCGGUAACAUCUCCGGCGAACUCUACCUUCGCCGGUGGUGUGAAUGUUUUCUGUUGUGAACUUGUGAUGAUCACACAUAACUGAUCUGAAAUUUUGGACUGAUUGAGACCCUGUUGCCACUUGGAUUUACCCAAGAAAGGUUCAUAAAAUGGUUGGGUUCUUGUCCAAUAUUCUGGGGAAUGAUCUGAAAUGUGAAAGCUACUUUAUUUUUAGUGGAGAAACUGAUCUUGGGAAUAAUGUUAGGAUAUUUUUGUAUUUUCUUGCUCUUGCUUAUUGUUUUAUUGGAUUAUCGGCUAUAACGGCCCGAUUCUUUCAAUCUAUGGAAAAUGUGGUGAAGCACACAAGGAAGGUUGUGGUGAUAGAUCCUGUUACUAAAGGUGAAGUCGUUACGCAUGAAAAAGUUUGGAAUUAUACGAUUGCAGAUAUUAGUUUGUUGGCGUUUGGAACUAGUUUUCCUCAGAUUUCAUUAGCUACUAUUGAUGCUAUACGGAAUCUAGGGAACUUGUAUGCUGGAGGUUUGGGACCUGGAACACUCGUUGGUUCUGCUGCAUUUGACCUCUUCCCCAUCCACGCCGUUUGUGUGGUAAUUCCAAAAGCAGGAGAAUUGAAAAAGAUUGCUGAUCUAGGAGUAUGGAUAGUGGAGUUAUUUUGGUCAUUUUGGGCUUACUUUUGGUUAUACAUAAUUUUGGAGGUAUGGACUCCAAACGUGAUAACCCUGUCGGAGGCCUUCUUGACAGUACUUCAGUAUGGAUUACUGUUGAUUCAUGCUUAUGCUCAAGAUAAACGUUGGCCCUAUAUUUCUCUACCUAUUGCAAGAGAUGAAAGGCCAGUGGAUUGGGUGCCAGAAGAAACUCCUAAGCAAAAGUCCCAAGAGAUAGUGGAGUGCUCUGAGAUAUUUCAUUUUAUUGAAGAAAACAGUGACACUGUUGAUAUUUUUUCCAUUCAUUCAGAAAACCCCAGAGAUGGGUCGUACAUAAGAGUGCCACAAAUAGAGGAAGCAGAAAAUUCUAACAAAGUUAUGGAAACAGAGCUGGAGGAUACCAGUUUGCUUACUAUAUGGAGACAGCAAUUUGUUGAUGCCCUGACGGUGGAGAGCCAAGAAUCUAAAAAGAUGAACAAUAUCUAUAUCCGCAUAGCUAAAAUAUUCUGGCAGUUGUUGCUUUUGCCAUGGAGAUUUAUGUUUGCUUUUGUUCCACCGUGCCAUAUUGUUCAUGGAUGGAUUUCUUUCAUAUGCUCUCUGCUUUUCAUCAGUGGGAUAGCAUAUAUUGUGACUAAGAUAACGGAUCUUAUAAGUUGUGUCACAGGAAUAAAUGCCUACGUCAUAGCAUUUACAGCACUAGCCAGUGGAACCUCAUGGCCUGAUUUAGUGGCGAGCAUGAUUGCUGCUGAACGACAAAAAACAGCAGACUCUGCAAUUGCAAACAUCACUUGCAGCAAUUCAGUGAAUAUAUAUGUUGGCAUUGGUGUUCCAUGGCUUAUUGAUACUUUGUACAAUUACAUAGCAUAUAGAGAACCUCUCCGAAUCCAAAAUGCAGGGGGACUUAGUUUUUCUUUGAUUGUUUUUUUCGCUACUUCUGUUGGAUGUAUCUCAGUUUUGGUUGCUAGGCGUAUAGUUUUUGGCGCGGAGCUUGGAGGACCAAGGCUUUGGGCAUGGAUUACCUGUGCAUUUUUCAUGCUGCUGUGGGUGAUUUUUGUUGUACUAUCUUCACUUAAGGUUUCCGGAUUCUUUUAGAAUGGUAUUUGGAAAACAUUUGUAGUCAUUUAAUUUAUCAUACAGACCCUUAUCUAUUGUUCAUUGUUACAUUAUGUUCAUUGUUAUGUAUGUUUCCAGCGUGCCUACCUCCAAUUGUCAUCA